GGUAUCCACUUACCCAAGUAAGUGCCUUAUUUGCAGUACGAAGUAAAUGGUAAACAGUUGAUUAUACAUGUGAUACGUUGUCGUAGUGGGCCAAGUCUUAGCAGCUGUCAAGACCUACCAGUCCUAUGAAUGUCGAUAUUUGCUUAUAUCAAUAGACCAAACAAGCUGGUUUAAUAUGUAUUAUUCUAGUCUUCUUUUUUUUUUCAUUUUCAUUGCUGUCUUAGGAAACAGCACGUGCGAGUCAUGCUCAAGAAAAUGGCUUGUCCUCUCUCCAAGCCGUCCGCUUCGAGACAACUCAUUCAUCAACAGCAUCCAAUCUGCAUUCCUUGCCUUUCGAGACACCUGUAUCCCGCAACCGUCAGUGAUUAAGUUCUUAGCUACAGUUUGUAACAAUCGUACCCAUAUUGACAUUCGCUUCUAUCUAUUUUGGUAAGUGCUAGAUAUCAAAUUAUUAUAAUAACUCCGUAGCAUUCAAUAACAGGAGCGCCGCCCAAAUGCUC